CAUGGCGGCCGCGCGCUGGUGGCGUCUGUGCGGGCGCUGGCGGCCCGCGGUCACCGGGCCCGCCCUGGGGCCCGCGCGGCGCCGCCUCUGGGCGCCCGCCGCCGCCGGCCCGGCCCCGCUGGGCUCCGCGCCGCCGCCCCGCGCCACCUUCAGCGCCGGCCCGCGCUGGCACCAGCGCAGCCCCGGCGGUCUGCCUGGGGGCGACGCGCUGGAAGGCGGCGGCGGCGGCGAGGACAGCGGCGGUGGCGGGGCGGACAGUGGCGGGGCCGGGCCCGGGCCCGUCAUAACGGCCUUGACGCCGCUGCUCGUCCCGGAGCAUUUCCCCAACGUCCCGCUCAUCGCCGUGACACGCAACCCUGUAUUCCCGCGCUUCAUCAAGAUCAUCGAGGUGAGCUGCCCCCGGGGCCGGGGCUGGGCUCUGCGGCCCGGCCUGGGCGGGAGCUGCCGCCAGGUGCCGGAGCCUCGGCGGGAGGUGCUCUGGGCCGGGGGCAGCUUGGCCUGGCCUUGCAGCCUCAGGCGGGAGUGCCGCGGUGGUAUCGCCCCGGGCCGUGCGGGGAUCACCGGCUGA